GACACUGGUCACGCAUACUUUAAAAGAUCAAUAUUAAAAUCCGAUUUAUAUAUAAAGUGUGAUACAUGGCUUCCUAUAAAUUACCAGCAUGGCGAUCUGACUAUUACACGGGAUUCCUUUCACAAGCGCCUAACUUAAGCACGGCCCCCUUUUAUUGUGUUCCUUCCGGGACUACUAGACUAUCAACAUAUUUUGUCCCAUGUUUCUUACCCUGACAAAUGGCGACAGUAAGAAUAAAUAUUGACAAACACGAGGAACAAUCAGAUAAAGCAUGGAACGACAUGACGCUCAUGGAAAAAUGGCGCCAUCGAUACAACGACAAAGAACGCUCAAUUCAAUCUGCAAACGCAGCUAAACAAUAUGCUCGCCUCACAUUUGCGUUCCAGUCAACUACACAGCUGUACGUGUUUUUGUGUGUUAUCAUCCCAAGACUUUUUGAUGAUUUUGAUGAAUGGACUCGAUAUUGGUUAAAAGUUUUUACAGUUUUUGUCUGUGUCGAAUGGUUUAUGAAUUAUUUUUGUACGAUAUUUUAUAGUACGAAUAUAACAAAGACACGUGACAAUCCGACAAUUGAAACAAAAGAAAGAUGGAAUAAUCCACCAGAAUAUUUUGAGUCAUUCCUUGCAGACAGGGCACGUUCAAAUGGUCAUGCUCCUCAAUUUACGAACUGCCCACGCGAUGAUGGUGGAAUUUCAUGGAAUUACUGCCAGGACUGUGAAAUACAUAUACCUCCACGGGCCUAUCACUGUAAUAUAUGUAGAACUUGCAUUCUAAAACGUGACCACCAUUGCUAUUUUGUUGGAACUUGUAUAGGAUUUAGAAAUCAACGAUAUUUCUACGUAUUAUCAUUUUAUUCAAUAAUUAUAGGAGCAGUUGCAUUUUACUUUACAUGGAUUUAUUUAGAAACAUUUUAUUGGCCAGUAGCAUAUUCAUGGACGAAUUAUUUACCGCCGAUUGCAGUAUAUCGUUGGAUUCUUGGGUCGGAGGAUUUAAAUUUCCAUAUAGUUUUGCUAAUAGUUCAUCUAUACAUUGAGUUUAUUUGUGGACUACUGGGUAUAGUUUACUGCACUGCUCAAACCGUUUUGGUGUUCAAAGGAAUAACAAUGUUCGAAUUCGCUAAACAGGUCAAGGUAAAGUGCAAUAAUAGUGUAAAUCAGAACUUCCGGUCUGUGUUCGGGGACUUCUGGGCUUUGAAUUUUAUAUUUCCAAUGACUAUUUUAUUUAAACAAAGAGACGAUGGAUACAAAUGGGAUGGGGUCAAAAUAAAUCACAAUUCAAAACACAAGAAAAAGGUUUACAACUACUAAAUUAAAUGUUAUUUGAUAA